AUGGCAGCCUCCACUAUAGCUCUUUCUUCUCCAUCUUUCGCUGGUAAGGCAAUGAAGCUCUCACCAUCUACCCCUGAGAUCACUGGCAAUGGAAGGGUGUCAAUGAGGAAGGCUAUGAGCAAGUCAGUUUCUUCAGGCAGUCCUUGGUAUAGCCCCGACCACCUUAAGUAUUUGGGACCAUUCUCCGGUGAGCCCCCGAGCUACUUCACUGGUGAAUUCCCUAGUGACUAUGGUUGGGACACUGCGGGACUCUCAGCUGACCCUGAAACAUUCGCCAAGAACCGUGAACUUGAAGUGAUUCACUGCAGAUUGCCCAUGUUUGGAGCUCUUGGAUGUGUUUUCGUAAGUUCUUGGCUCACAAUCGUGUCAAGUUUGGUGAGGCUAUGUGGUUCAAGGUCGUGCCCAAAUCUUCAGCGAGGGUGGAGUGGACUAGAUUACUUGGGCAACCCAAGCUUGAUCCAUGCCCAGAGCAUUUUGGCCAUCUGGGCUUGCCAAGUCAUCUUGAUGGGAGCUGUUGAGGGCUACCGUGUUGCCGGUGGACCACUAGAUCUCAAGGUGAAGGAGAUCAAGAAUGGUAGACUUGCCAUGUUCUCCAUGUUUGUAUUCUUCGUCCAAGCAAUUGUAACCGGAAAGGGUCCAUUGGAAAACCUUGCUGACCACCUUGCUGACCAUGUUAACAACAAUGCUUAG